AUGCUUUUCCUGGUGAUACGUCAUCCACUUUUUCAGGGGGCAGAGAGCGUGCGCUGGAGGGGACUAUAUACAGCGCUGAGCAGGCCCGCGGGUGGCAGACGUCGUUAUGAAGGCACCUGGGCACCUCGCCGUCAUCCUCAUCCUAGCGAUCGUCGUCUUCCAGGCGUUCGCCUUCCCCUACAAGGGUGGGUCGAUAGCAAACAUUAUUAA